GUCCUUAAUAAUUUCAUCUAAGGAUCUAUCCAGCGACAUAUUCAUCGUUAUGGUUCUUGACGUGAACAAAUCCCCAGUCGUUUGCUUUGCAUCCUCUACCAAUACUAAAGUAGGUCGUUCAUUGUAAAUAUCUCCUUUCAUAAAGAAAAUCCUAUUCUGCUGAACCUUUCAACCAUUGCUUCUGCUUUUGUCUUGUGGUAUUGCUUUUUUUCCUGUUGUUUUUUUAAAGUCUAUUGUUCCUGCUUCAUUUGAGUGAUAUUGCUCUUUCUUAGCUUUAUAAAUUCGCUCUUACAGAUAAUCUUUUUAAUUCUUUUCUGGUAUAGACUUUACUGUGAAUAUCUCUUGCAGGUUUUAUACAAUCAUAAUGAGUUUCUCCCCGGAGCAACAAUUUAUGCUGGAAAAGCCCGGAAUCUUGCUGUCUUUUGAGCAAUUGAGAUUAAAUUUUAAGCAAGUAUUACGGCAAUUGGAACAUGAGUCUCAUGUAAUGACCUCUACGCUUACAGCUUUGCUUCAAGAGUCAAUCCCCAUCGAAAACAAGGUCAAACAGAUCGAUGGCUUGGUUUUAAGGACACGAAAUUUGAAACAAAAGAUGACGCAGCUCAAGGAAUCCGAAAAAAUACAUAUUCAACGAACACGAUUACGUUUACAGUUUAUAAAUACUCUCAGUAGAAUUGAAGAUUUGGAUUCUCCAGAAUUUUUGGACUGGUCGAGGACUCGUUUGAAUCGAUUAAUUGCGGAUUAUAUGUUAGCAAAUGGAUAUCAUGACUCUGCCAUAAAGUUGUGCAAGAACUCUGACCUGUUUGAAAUGGUAGACAUUGAUGUCUACAAGAGAUAUCAGAAAAUACUUGAUUCCAUUCUUCGGCAUGAGUUGAAAGAGGUUCUUGCAUGGUGUGCCGAGCAUCGAUCCAUUCUGAAAAAGAUUAACAGCACUCUGGAGCUUGAGAUUCGGAUACAACGAUUUGUUGAACUAAUAAAAUCGAAUAAAAAAGUUCAGGCAAUUAACUUUGCCAAGACUUACUUCGGUAAUUGGACCAAAGUUCAUGCAGUCCGUCUUCAGCAGGUGGCAGCUCUCUUGGCGAUUCCAUAUACCACGAAAGCUUCUCGAUACAAUGAGUAUCUUUCUGAUAAUCGAUGGGAUUUUCUAGCGUCUUUAUUUUCCAAAACAUUCACUCAAGUCCAUAGUCUUUCUUCGGUUUCCAUUUUGCAUAUUGCAAUUGCCGCGGGUCUUUCUUCUUUAAAAACCCCUUCUUGUUGUAGUUACGAAGCUGCACAUACUUCUCACUCCUUUCAAUCCUCUACUAUUCGGCAGUGCCCCGUAUGCACUCCAAACCUAAGCGUGCUCGCUCAAUCUUUGCCUUAUGCUCAUGUUACGCAAUCCGUCAUUGUUGAUUCAUUAACGGGUGCACGACUGGAUAGUGAUAAUCGUCCUGUGGCAUUUCCAAAUGGGCAUGUUUACGGAAUUAAGAGUUUAGUUGCAUGGAAUGAAGCAAACGGAAUACAAGAAGGAUAUUUAAGGGAUCCUUUUUCAGGAAAAGAGUUUGCUUCUGAAUUACUCAGAAAGGUAUAUGUGGUGUAACUCCAUCCCUAUCUUCAGUAAAGCGUUCCUAAACAAACAUGUAAUGAUCGUAAUGAGUCUAAUGCUAAUUAAUGAUAUAUUGAUUUUUUUGCUUAAGGUACAUCACAAAGAAGCUUUAUGCAAUUGCUGUAUUAUAAUGCAAUAAUAUUAAUUGUCCUAAUCCCUAA